AUCAGAGCAGUCUACUCCCCCUUUGAGCACCGGGGCGAAAAUGGAGAGGUGCACGAUACAGGCGGUGGUGGUGGUGAUAGCGGCGGUGUGGCUUGGAGCGGCACAGGCGACAGUUUACCAGGAUUGCGGUUCCACGGCGGAUAUUCAUGAGUUCUCGUUGUCGUAUUGCGAGGUGCCGCCUUGCAUCGUGCACCGCCCCAGCAACUAUGACGUCAACAUCACUUUCACGCCAACUUCCGCCGCCUCAGAGCUGGAGACCAUCAUCAUAGCCACCAUCUCUGGCGUCGACUUCCCUUGGCCAGGCCCCGAAGGUUGCUCCCAGCUAGAGAAUGACGUCUGCCCCCUUCAGAUCGGCCACAAGUAUAAGUACAGCGCCUUCAUGCCAGUACUGGUGGAGUACCCGGCCAUCUCCGUGGUGGUGCAGUGGAAGCUGAAGGAUGAGAACGACGUGAUCCACUUCUGCGCUAUGUUUCCCAUCACCAUUGUCUGAGGCAGCGAGAGGCAUCUUCCCCUAACUAACCCUACAAACCUCAACUCCCCUACGACGCCUCAAGCCACCUCCAGCAUCUAGCUCCUUUAUACUUACAUACGUCUUGUCCAGCAUUGUUUUUAGUCCUCAUACAGCCCCGGCGCCGCGUUCAUACUUCUUAACGCACUCUACUAGAAGUUACUGUGAUUUUCAAGAGUUGUAUGCUUCUAGUGUUGGUUUAACAUGGCUUUAUGCAUCUUCAAUUGGCGGUUAUGAUAAUAGUAAUAGUAAUGAUAAUUAUGAUAAUGAUAAUAAUAGAAUAUAAGAAAAACAGACUAAUGAUCUCUGUAGUCUUUAAAAAUAAGGCUAAUGAGAGAGAGAGAGAGAGAGAGAGAGAGAGAGAGAGAGAGAGAGAGAGAGAGAGAGAGAGAGAGACUGGUAGGAGUACUAAUAAUAAAAUGAACUGCCCGCCAAUCAGUCAGUCAGUCGUCCUUUCAGCUUCAUUCAAUAGGUAAAGUGACAUAGAAACUACAAUUAUUAAACAUUUACUAUGUAUAACCACAUGUAUUUGUAUAUUUGUAUGUUAAUCCUCCCAGGUAUCAGACAUGCAUUAGUUGAGUCAUUCUUUAAACACACAAGCUAAACACUACUCAUAUUUAGUCGUGUUAAUUAAGAGUGCUUGAUGC